AACUUUUUUUGGGGAAGGAGACGGCUGCACGCCCGCGGUCUCUUGUGCUGUGCUAACGACCGUUGGAAUCCUCUUUCCGGCUCUUGGAACGCUCGGCUCUGAGAGGCUCCAGGUUUCUCCGCCAGAGCUCCUGUCGCUCUGUCACUUGCGCUGUGUUCCUCUCUAGUCACGGGAGCGUUGGGGAAGACAGUUGGAAGCUCAGACAUGGACUCCGUGGCCUUUGAGGAUGUGGCUGUGAACUUCACCCCAGAAGAGUGGGCUUUGCUGGAUCCUUCCGAAAAGAAUCUCUACCGAGAAGUGAUGCAAGAAACCUUGAGGAACCUGGCCUCUAUAGAGGUCUUAUGGAAGAGAGACUCUUUGAAAAUGAAGGUCAUCAGCAUGGAGAAAUUUUGACCCAGGUUCUGGAUGACAUGCUGAAGAAGAAAACUGGAGUAGAAUCAUGUGAAAGGAAUGUGUGUGAGGUCAGCAUGGGUCAUUUAUCCCUUAAUAAGCACACCAGAGCUGACACUGGACACAAGCCAUAUGAGUAUCAGGAAUAUGGACAGAAGCCAUAUAAAUGUACAUACUGUAAGAAAGCCUUCAGCUGUCUCCCCUACUUUCGCAGACAUGUAGUUGCACACACUGGAGAAAAACCCUAUGAAUGUAAGGAUUCUGGGAAGGCCUUUAGUUUUUCCAUUUCUUUUCAUAGACAUAAAAGAGCUCACUCUGGAGGGAACCCCUAUGAAUGUAAACAAUCUGGAAAACCCUUUGGAUGCGCCUCAGAACUUCAAAUGCAUGCAAGGACUCACAGCGUAGAGACACUUUACAAAUAUAAGAAAUGUGAAAAAGCAUUUAAUAACUUAUCUUCCUUUCAAAUACAUGAAGGAAUGCACAGAGGAGGGAAGUAUGCCUGUAAGCGUUCUGGGAAGACAUACCGUUUUUCUGGUUUCUAUCAUAGACAUAAAAUGCCUCAUGCUGGCAGGAAGUUUUAUGGAUGUAAGAAAUGUGGGAAGGCCUUUAUUAGUUUCUGUGCCUUUCGAAACCAUCAGAGGACUUACACUAAAGAGAAACCCUAUGCAUGUAAACAAUGUGGGAAAGCCUAUAUUUCUUACACUUCUUUUCGAUAUCAUCAGUUGACUCACACUGGAGCGAAACGCUAUGAGUGUAAGCAGCGUGGCAAAGGCUUCAAUUUGCCCAAUUCCAUUCAAUAUCAUGAAAUGACUCACACUGGAGAGAAACCCUAUGAAUGUAAGCAAUGUGAGAAAGCUUUCAGAUGUGCCUCAAGCCUCCAAAUACAUGGAAGGACUCACACUGGGGAGAAACUGUAUGAAUGUAAACAGUGUGGUAAAGUCUAUCGUUAUUGGAGCGGCCUUCGGGUACAUGAACUAACUCAUAUUGGAAAAAAGCCUUAUGAAUGUAAGGAAUGUGGGAAAUCAUACUAUAGUUCUGGUUCCUUUCUAAAUCAUAAAAGGAUCCACACUAGGGAGAAGCCUUAUAAAUGCAAGGAAUGUGGGAAAGCAUUUGGUAAUCCCAUAUCCUUUCAAAAACAUGAAGGGAGUCACAGAAAAGGGAAGCCUUAUGAAUGUAAGGAAUGUGGGAAGGUAUUCAGUUUUUCCAGUUCCCUUCGGAGACAUGAAAGGACACACACUGAAAAACUCUAUGAAUGUAAACAACGUGGGAAAGGAUUUUUUCGUAGAAGCUGUCUUAGACACAUGAAGAUACACGCUGGAGAGAUACUUCAUAAACGUAAGAUACAUGGAAAAGUCUUUCAUUCUCCUAGUUCAUUUCAAACAUGUGAAAUAUCUCACACUAGAGAAAAACGCUAUAAAUGCAAGCAAUGUGGAAAGCCCUUCAUUUAUUUCAAUGCCUUUCAACGUCAUCAAAGGAGCCACACUGGAGAGAACCCCUAUGAGUGUAAGCAAUGUGGGAAAGCCUAUAUUUCUUCCACUGCUUUUCAAUAUCAUGAAUUGAGUCACACUGGAGCAAAAUGCUAUAAGUGUAAGCAAUGUGGCAAAGGCUUCAGUUUGCCCAGUUCCAUUCGAUAUCAUGAAAUGACUCACACUGGAGAGAAACCCUAUGAAUGUAAGCAAUGUGGGAGAGCUUUCAGAUCUGCCUCACACCUACGAACACAUGGAAGGACUCACACUGGGGAGAAACCCUAUGAAUGUAAACAGUAUGAUAAAGUCUAUCGUUACUGGAGUGGCCUUCGAAUGCAUGAACUAACUCGUAUUGGAAAAAAGCCUUAUGAAUUUAAGGACCAUGGGAAAUCAUUCUAUAGUUCCAAUUUCUUUCUAAAUCAUAAAAGGGUCCACACUAGAGUGAAGAUAUAUGAAUGCAAGGAAUGUGGGAAAGCAUUUGAUAAUCCUACAUCCUUUCAAAAACAUGAAGGGAGUCACAGAAAAGGGAAGCCUUAUGAAUGUAAGGAAUGUGGGAAGGUAUUCAGUUUUUCUCAUUCCCUUCAUGGACAUGAAAGGACACACGCUGGCGAAAAGCCCUAUGAAUAAACAAUGUGGGAAAGGAUUUUUCAUAUCUUCCAUGGAGCUUUGAAUGCAUAAAAAGACACACUACAGAGAAACGCUAAAUGUAAGGAGUGUAUAAAAGCAUUUAGUAAUUUCUCUUCCUUGCUUAUACAUGGAAGGAUGCACACUGGAGAGAAGCCAUAUGAAUGUAAGAAUUGUGGGAAAGCCUUCACAUCUGCCAAGAGCCUUCAAAAUCAUGGAAGGACACACACCGGAGAGAAACCAUGUGAAUGCAAGCAAUGUGGCAAAGCUUUCAUUUGUUCCAGUUCCUGUCAGAGACAUGAAGAGACACAUUCUGUUAAUAUGCAUUCAGUUAUCCCAAUUCCUUUGAAACACAGAAAAAGAGUAGGGAAAGGACCUCUGAGAUAAUUGAUUUCUGAGUUGAGAAGAGCUACUUGUGAAUGGACAAUUAAAUCUAGAUGUAUUUAGAUCUGAUACAGUUCAUCUAUAGCCAAUCUUUUUUUAAAAUUUUUUUAUCUUUUAGACGGAGUGUUGCUCUGUCACCCAGACUGGAGUGCAGUGGCACAAUCUUGGCUCACUGCAACCUCUGCCUCCUGGGUUUAAGCAAUUCUCCUGCCUCAGCCUCCCAAGUAGCUGGGAUUACAGGCAACCACCAUCACGUCCGGCUAAUUUUAGAGACAGAGUUUCACCAUGUUGGCCAGGCUGGUCUCAAACUCCUGACCUCAAGUGGUCCACCCACCUCGGCCUCCAAAGUGCUGGGAUUACAGGCGUGAGCCACUGCGCCCUGCCACCUAUAGCCAAUCUUAAUGAGAUUUCAUAGGCACAGACAAGGAAGGUAUCAGUCACAUAUUAAAGGCACCACACAGGGAGAGCAGUGUGUGGCCACCUGCUUCAGCCCAUUUUUUCUGAUUCUCUUGCUUGCAAAUUAAUAGUAGUCUCCAAAUCACUUGAUUUUCUUUUUCUCAGAGUUGUAGUUCUCCAGAGAUGUUGCCAGAUGAUUCACAUUAAAGGUAAAUUUCCAGUUGGCUUUUUUAUUUCAGAUAUUAGUAAAUGAUUACCAGAGAACUAAUUCAAAUUGUCAUGGUUGGAAAUACUCUGAUGCUGAACUCCCUAAUCUAUAGAGUGAGUUAAGGUCUAUACUCUUUUGCAAUUAUUGUUCUAGUGGCAGUGACCCUGUUCAUGAUUCAGCCUGACAUUUACUAUGCUGCCCUGAAAACCAACUAGAUGGGAGCUUGUUUCUCUCCUGCAUUGUGUAGUGAGUGGUGUCACCCAGGACUUUCAUGUGAGAAAAAACACCUUGCUCUUAAUC